AUGGAGUUUGACUCGUACCAACACUACUUCUACGACCACGAUGCCCAGGAGGAUUUCCAUCGUUCCACGGCCCCCAGCGAGGAUAUCUGGAAGAAGUUCGAGCUGGUUCCCACUCCCCCCGUCUCCCCCCUGGGUACCCCCGGGGAGAAAGCCUGCUGCUCCGGGGCGGAGGGCUCCGGCUGGCUCUCCCGCUACUGCCUGGCCGGGGAAGAGCCGGAGUAUCUCAUAGGGACGGGAGAGAUCUUCGGGAACCUGAGCGCUUUCAUCCUCAAGGAUUGUAUGUGGAGUGGGUUUUCAGCCCGGGAGAGACUGGAGAAGGCGAUGACAGAGAAACUUUCCACGGGCACGCAAAGGGCCACCCCCCACAAACCUUCCUUCGCGCAGGAUUUUGGGUUCAGCAGCUCGGUGAGCGAGUGCGUGGAUCCCGCUGCCGUCUUCCUUUGCCCGUUGGCCGAGAGCAAGAUCCCCGCAUCUUCGGGAUCCGAGGGCCAAAGCGAUUCUGAAGGUGAAGAGAUCGAUGUGGUGACGGUGGAGAAGAGACAAUCGCUCAGUCUGAGGAAGCCGGUCACCAUCACGCUGCGUGCCGACCCCUUGGACCCCUGCAUGAAACGCUUCCACAUCUCCGUCCACCAGCAGCAGCACAACUACGCUGCUCGCUCGCCGCCGGACGCCUGUCCCCCACCGGAGCCACCCCAGCAGGCUGAGGACGAGCCACCAAGUGCCACGGAGCCAGCCCCUGCCAUCACGCUGCCUGAGCCCAGCUUGCUGAAAGCCAGCAGCAGCCCCGGCUCCGACAGCGAGGACGUGGCCAAGAGGAAAAAUCACAACUAUCUGGAGCGCAAGCGGCGCAACGACCUGCGCUCGCGCUUCCUGGCCCUGCGGGACCAGGUGCCUGGGCUCGCCAGUUGCCCCAAGACGCCCAAAGUGGUGAUCCUGAGCAAAUCCUCCGAGUACCUGCAGUCGCUCAUCAGUGCCGAGAGGAGGAUGGCGGCUGAGAAGCGGCAGCUGCGGCUGCGGCAGACCCAGCUGCUGAAACGGAUUGCUCACCUCAAGGGGCACUAG